AUGGACGACGGAUUAACGAACGCGUCGCGUGCGUUCGCAGCACAGAACGGCGUGGGCGCGAAAGGUGACCACGACGAUGGCGACGCGGAUGAUGUGAUUGUAACGGUGGACCCUCUCCGCGUGAAGCGCGUGCGGCAGAUGGACGUCACCGGUAGCGAGGACCACGUGCUGUACGUGCCACGUCACCCUCUUCCCCUCUUUCCCCCCCGCUUCUCCCCCCUCUCCCCACAACACCGUCCAUUCGCCCUUCCCACCGUCGGCUGCUCAGCUCUCUUCAUCUCUCCAUGCCCUAUCGCCAAGGAUCGCCUUUUCCUGCAUCCCAUCACUCUCCCCACACUCUCCUCCUUCCUCUUCCCCGCAUCCCUCCCCCCCACCCCCCACCCCGUCCUUCCCCCGCCCUCCCCCAGCGACCCGCCCGAGGGAGAGCGCAUGCUGGCGCUUCUGGCGCAGCUGGACAGUGCGCGCGCGCGCGCAGCACAGAGGAAGGGCGCGCGGGGGGGGAAGGGGGGCCGGAAACGGCGGGACAGGGGGGAGGCGGAUGGGGAUGCUGGCGGGGACGAGAAUGAACGGGAGAAGGGGAGGAAAGGGGAGGGAGGGGGAGGGGAGGACUUGAAAGGAGGUGGGGGAAAGGCAGCAGGCGCAGGGGGAGCUGGGGGGAAGGCAGUGGCGGAGGCACAUGGGGAGUGGGCGUGGCAGGGGGUGAUGUCACAGCUGACGUCAGCACAGGAGGAGCUGAGGGUGAUAGUGGAUCUGGUGAAUGCGGUUGAGAGCGGUGCAGAGGGGCUGGCUGUGAGUGGCGUGUCGAAGCCAAAGCAGCAUGCAGCAGAGAUGAGCUCCGAGCUCACAGCCCGGCUGGCAGGCAAACUCACGCUGCUGCAGGUGGGUACAGUGCGGUUCAGUGUGGUGGGGCGUGAGUCAGUGUGUUUCCGCUCCUGUCUGUUCCGCCUCCUCUCCCUUUUCCCUCUCCUCUGCUCCUCUCAUCCAUUCUCCCCGUUCUCGCCUUCCCCUCAUGACUGUCGCCAUUCUUCUCCUUCGCCCCGUCUGCCCCUCUGCCGGGCUCAACAGGAUGUGGGGGGAGGCUUGCUGCACGCAGCAGCGCGCCUCACACAGCAAGUCAGCGACGACGCACCGUUCUACACCGCACUCCAGCGCAUACAGCAUCGGUGGAAGGUGAAGCGCACCCACCCUGCCCUCGCCCCUCCGCCCACCCCUCUCUCCGCCGCCUCCUCAACCGCAGCUGGCUUUGCGGCUGACGUCACAGUGCAAUCGCUGCUCCUCUCCCUCCCUCACGCGCCCUCUCUACCUGCCAGCAUGCCUCUCAUACCCGCUACAAUCCUCCCCUUUACCUCAUUAAGACUCGAUAGGGACAAGCAGGGAAUGCUCCGGGCUGCUCCGCCUGAAGGCCAGCCAAUCAGGAGGCUCCACGUCAGCGUGUUUGGGAGGGAAGCGGGCGGAGACUAUGGGGAGGAUGGUGGUGGUGGUGCUCGCAGUAGCAGUGAGGGGUUGGUGGGGAACGGGGGAGAGGAGGAAGGCGAGGGUGGGAGGAUGGCAGAGGGGAAGGAAGGGGAGGAGGGGGCGGAGGAGGAGGAGGAAGGGGGUGUGGGGAGGGCGGUGCGCCAGGCUCACGAGCUUCUGAGGGCCGCGCAACGAUCGUGGCUUGACUGGCAGCUGUUCGAGUCACUUCAGAGCCACCUGGCAGCAGCCUCCACCGUCGCUCUCCCUCUCGCCUCCAUCUCCUCCUCCUCCCUCUCCCUCUCCCUCGCCUCCUCCCCUGCCUGCCUCUCUCUGCACCUCCUCUCCUCCGCCCCUGCCCUUCCCCUCUGGUCCUCUCUCAUUCGCCGCGCCCACCGCCGCCGCCCCCAUCAGCAGCAAACUAAGAGAGCACAGCAGCAGGGGGGGCAGGGGCAGGGGCAGGGGCAGGGUGACUUGCAGGAAGGGCAGCAGCAGGAGAAGGUGAAGGGGGAAACUGAUCAGGAGAAGGGGCAGCAGGCGGAGGGUUGGCAGGAUAGGGCAGCGGUUGGGAGGUUUUUGUAUGAGGCGGACUCAGCAGCUGCAAGGGUGUAUCUAGGGGAGGCUUAUCUGUUGCUCCAGCAGCAGGCACAGGAAAGAGCGGGGAAGCUUCGCUUUCAGUUGCUAGACUCGGAAAUUGAAGGGGAGGGGGAAGGGGAGGAGGAGAGGGAGGGAGGUGAUGGGGGGAGUGGGAUGCGGUGUGGGGGAGGGGGGGAGAGGGGGGAAGCACGGCUACGGGCAGCAGGGGGCCUGGAGUGGUGGGGGAGGAGUGAGGGGGGGGUAGGGGGGAGUGCGAUGGGGGGACCAGCGGGAAGCGGGAGGAAGGCGUCAGGAUGGGGAUGGGCGGGUGGAGGGGGGGGAGGAGGGGGAGGCGGCGGCACUGGCACUGCUGCUGGCGGUGCUGCUGGUGUUGGUGGUGGCGGCGGUGGUGGGAGUGCGGUGGGGAUGGGUGUGGGGGUGGUGGAGCUGCUGUGGGGGGCAGCAGCGCACAGGGCAAAGAAGAAGGCUGUGGAGCGAUGCCUCUUCCGCAUGUAUGUACCAUGCAUGGUAUGGUGGUGA